AUGGGUUUCCAGCUCAAGCAGCUCUGGUCUGCGCCAGAGAUCAACCCUUACAACAAGAAGGCCAAGUCCAUUCCCAUCUUCAAUCCGGUCGACAAAUAUGGUCGUGUCUUCUUCUUCUCAUACCUCGGAUUCUUUAUUGCUUUCUGGUCUUGGUACGCGUUCCCGCCGCUGCUCAGCGUGACCAUCAAGAAAGAUCUUCAUCUUUCUCAGGUUGAAGUUGCCAACUCAAACAUCAUCUCCCUCACUGCUACGCUCCUCGUCCGUCUUGUCGCUGGCCCUCUCUGCGACAAGAUCGGGCCGCGUCUUACAUUUGUUGGCUGUCUUAUUGCUGGUUCCAUUCCAUCAGUUCUUGCUGGCACUAUCCACAAUGCUAUGGGCCUCUACUUUAUCCGAUUCUUCGUCGGCAUUCUCGGCGGCUCCUUCGUCCCUUGCCAGGUGUGGACUACCGGCUUCUUUGACAGGAACAUCGUUGGUACUGCCAAUGCCUUGGUUGGUGGCUGGGGUAACUCCGGUGGCGGUAUCACCUACUUUGUAAUGCCUGCCAUUUUCGAUGCCCUCGUUCACAAGUCAGGAUUGACUCCCCACAAGGCCUGGCGUGUCGCUUUCGUUGUCCCAUUCGUCCUCAUCAUGCUUACUGGCGUUGCUAUGCUCCUUACCACUGACGACACUCCAACCGGAAAGUGGGCCGACCGUGCGAAGGCCGUACCAAGUGGCAAUGAAGGUACCAUUGUUGAUACUACCGGCGAACUCGCUGAUAAGCCUUUGGCGACCGGUUCCUUCUCCGAUUCCGAUGAGAAGAAGGUCCCAGUCAACGACAACGUCGAAGCCGGUGAGGUCGAAGUCACUAUAAUUGAUGAGGUCCAGCACGAAAUUGUCCAGACACCCACCUUUAAGGAAGCUUUGGGUGUUAUUGUCAAUCUCCAGACCCUCAAUCUGUGCUUGACCUACUUCUGCAGCUUUGGUGGUGAACUCGCGAUCAACUCCAUCCUCGGGUCCUACUACUUGAAGAACUUCAAAUAUCUCGGGCAGACCAAGUCUGGCCGCUGGGCGGCUAUGUUCGGUCUUCUCAACGUUGUCACUCGUCCUCUUGGUGGCUUCAUCGGCGACGUGAUCUACAAGUACACCAACGGCAGCCUUUGGGCAAAGAAGUUCUGGAUCCACUUCGUUGGUGUUGUGUCUGGUAUUUUCCUCAUCAUCAUCGGAAAGCUAGACCCUAAGAGCUUGGACGAGAUGGUCGGCCUCAUUGCUGUCAUGGCCAUCUUCCUUGAGGCUGGUAACGGUGCCAACUUUGCCCUUGUUCCUCACGUUCACCCCCAUGCCAACGGUAUUCUAUCCGGUCUGGUCGGUGCUACUGGCAACUUCGGAGGUAUCAUAUUUGCCAUCAUCUUCCGCUACAACGGCACGCACUAUGCUAAGGUCUUCUGGAUCAUGGGCAUAAUGGUCGUUGGUCUCAACCUGAUCUUUAUCUGGGUCAGGCCUAUUCCAAAGGGCCAGAUCGGUGGUCGCUAA